GAGGGGUGGGAAUACUCUGACCACAGGACGCUAGACGCGAUUCACAUCGGGUCCCAGUGCAUUCUUGUCAAUUUCAUACCAAUACCAGUAAUAACCAUCUGAAAAAGGACAUCCAAGGACUGUCCCCGCAUAAUCAAUCUCCGUUACAGAAUAACCAGUGCAAGUGCGUUACUCCCAGUGUGGAACAUUGCCUUUAUAUUUAAUACGUCUUACGCCAUUUUGUAGAAUAUACACCGACGCGCGUCUACAGCCUGUCAGUUUACAACAGGGUUGAACGAUUUUUUUUUUCAACCCCAUUCAAGUGUUUGCCGGUUAUUUUUGUGAUUUAAUCGAGGUACGGGGAGUUUCCCGUGGUGAUUAUCAGUGCCAAGCGUCAGGACCUGUUUGUUGUGACAGAGACCAGUCUCAAGUGUCAAAACGUCAAACUAAGAAUUUUUCAAUAUUUCCGCUCAGUUAUUCUCCCAUGCAGCCAGGCUUUUUAGUUUUUUUAAAAGUGUUCUAAGGGACUAGUGAUUUUAAUUGAUCGGAAUGCUGUAGCACGUGUUUUUUGGGAGAUAUGAAGACGACCGUAGAAGGAGCAACGACUUCUCAUAUUUCUUCAAGGUUUUAGAAUUAUCGGGUGAAGCGGUCGCCAUCCUCAUCAAAUAAGGAACAUAGAAGAACAAAUAGAGAUGAGAACACCCGGAGCGGAAGCGGAGGUGAAUCGCUCCCAUGAGAGUUAUGGCUUUGAUUUUCAAACCAAAAUUAAAAGUACGUCGACAUCGUCAUCGCCGAUGGCAUCGUCCUCUGGGAUUAUUGUUAAUCCACUGGUUUUAUCAACUUCGCCGGCUGAGGCUGAAGAAUUCUCCAAUAGUAUGCUGUGCAUCCAAGAUGAACUGGGUCAGCUGAGUAACAUUGACGUUGGCUCGAAUCUCUCUAUUGAUGGAGUCAAGGACCCCCAGACGAUUGAGAAUGAGGCUGGAUAUGAUCUUCCUGGAGACUCCAAGAGUGAGAGCUCAGAGGAUACAAGUCAGCAUGGACAGACUUCAGUGUCCAUGGAACCGCAGAAGUCCAGCUGGGUAGAGGGCAUCUUUGGGUGCAUGAAACCUGUGUGGACCUUCAUCUCGAAGCCAGUCGUCAGUGAAAAAAUAAAAGGACCGUCAGAUGACCACUGGGAGAUCCUCUUUGAGACAAUAAGUGACCUGGAGUGGUUGGGCUCUGGGGCGCAGGGUGCAGUGUUCCGGGGUCUUCUGAACAAAGAAAUAGUAGCUGUAAAAAAAGUGCGAGAGCCCCGUGAGACGGACAUUCGCCACCUGCGUAAACUGAAUCACCCAAAUGUUGUUAAAUUCCGUGGUGUUUGCACCCAGGCCCCCUGCUAUUGCAUAGUAAUGGAGUACUGUCCCUACGGGCCCCUGUACGACCUCCUGCGAGGUGGAGAAAAAGUUCCCCCACCACGUCUCGUCUCUUGGUCUAAACAAAUAGCAGCGGGUAUGGCCUACCUGCACGCUCACAAGAUAGUUCACCGAGAUUUAAAGAGCCCGAACGUCCUGAUCGGUCAGGGUGAAGUCGUCAAGAUUUCAGAUUUCGGUACGAGUCGAGAAUUAAUCGAGAAGAGCACAAGGAUGAGUUUCGCUGGAACUGUGGCCUGGAUGGCCCCAGAGAUUAUUCGAAAUGAACCGUGCUCAGAGAAGGUGGAUAUUUGGUCGUACGGAGUGGUUCUGUGGGAGCUCUUGAGUGGUGAAGUACCUUACAAAGACGUCGACUCUUCAGCCAUAAUCUGGGGUGUUGGUAACAACUCCCUUCAUCUGCCAAUUCCAGCAAGCUGCCCUGAGGGCUACAAACUCUUGGUGCAACAAUGCUGGGCCGCCAAGCCCAGGAAUCGACCCUCCUUCAAGCACAUCGAAGUCCACCUCCAGAUAGCAGCUAUUGAAGUACUCUCCACCAAGUCAGAGGAAUAUUUCAAAACCCAGCAGACAUGGAAGGAGGAGAUUCGAGUGCACAUGAAGCAGAUGCAAACGAACAGCUCAAACGGCUCCAGAUACGAGGCUAACUUGAUCAGACAAAGGGAGAGUGAACUGAGACACGCUCAGGACAUCAGAGAGCACUACGAGCGCAAACUCGAGCUUGCUAAUAGUCUCUAUCUCGAUCUCUCCGCAGUCUGGCUCCAGAUGGAACAGCGAGAACGUGAUAUAAGGAAAAUAGAACAGCUGUCUGGGGGCAAGCAGUACAGAAAACGUCUUGUUCAUCCUCUCAAGCAGAUCAAGGAGAGAUUACCUAAUAGGAGGAAUAAUCGAGCUCAAUCGAGCUCCACGACACCAACGACACCUCCAUCUCCCCAAGACCCACCCACCAGUCCCCUCAAGGCUACCCUCUGCACUCAGUUAAAUAAUUCAAAUCAACCUGAGACUGUUCUCUUUCCCAGUGCCAAUUCAAAUUCUAGCUUUAAACAGAAGAAGUAUAGGCACAGAAGGGUGGGCUCGGGGGGACUAGUAUCUGCCAGUCCAAGGUCGAGUCCACACCGAGAAAGAAAAAGUGGAGAAUUAAGUCUUAGGUAUGUCGAUCAUCAGACUCAAACUGAUAUCACAAGUAUCAGUGAAUCCAUCGAGAAUCUAGGUAUCUACUGUCAUUCCAAGGGAGUCCAGUACUCACCUCCUAGAUCUCAUCCGAGAUCUGUCAAUGGGAAUUGUAUGGAUGUCGUUGAUAAAGGAAUAUUCGAGGGUAUUGAGAACAGAUCGAAUGGCAAUGAGAGGAUCAAGGACAGUGAUGAUGAGCAUUUGGAAACGCUGGAGAGAAAAGUCUCGGAAAUUAUCAAUGCUAAUAGACUCCUGUCGCCUGUGGACAACGGGAACUGCGAUGAUGUCACCAUGCAUGGCUUACAUUAUGGUGGUAUGGGUAUAAAUGGGGCCGCCGGAGAGACGAGUGAUGAGGCCGAACAGGAGGCAGCUUGUGGGGACGCCGAGGACAAAAAUGAUAAUGGGAGAAUCGAUAGGAUUGGGGAGAAUGAUAAUGACGAGUUUGAUAUUGAUUCUGAGGAUGAUGGGGGAGAGGAGGGCUGGUCUGAUGUAGAUGGAGAGAUGCCUGUCAGAUAUGGGUUCAAUUAUUCACUUAGAAGACGAAGUGCCACAAGAAGACCCAUUGGCCCAGGCUGUAGAUUGAGAAGAAUAAAGCAAAAUCCUCUGAACAAUAUCGAUCGUGGUCUAGUAUCAGAUGAGGAAAAUACAUCGGAAUAUUCUCACCCGCCCUCCAGUCAUUCGUCGACCCUUGAGAGUAAUCCAGACGUCCAGCGGGCUUAUCGCAGAGCCACUCGGAAUGUCAAUAAAACGUCAGAAGCUCCCUACAUGUACGUUAAACGAUCAGGUGAUCGAGAAAUAGCUGUAAGCCCUUAAACACCAGUUAGUACGCUAUUAAUAUCACUUUUACGAAGGAAUUCCGUAUUUGACAAACUUGGAUGAGUGCAUUUCUCUAUUUCUUUUCAUUCACGAAAUAUUGAGCUCUAGCUGAGUUUAGGUGAAAUGCACUUAUCUUAGUUUACCAAUUCCAAGCGAGGCUAGGUGUUAUGAGAUUAUAAGAAACAAGGUCUUUAUGCACUUAAAAAUGAAAGUAUUAAGUUGUAUAUAGGUAUUGGGUUAAUUUCCAUUUUGUACAUAAUAUUGUUCUUUGGUACAAGUGUAGGUUUGUAUUGAGGUUCAGGUGUAGCUCGGUGAUAGACGGGAGAUGGUUUUUCAUUGGCACGGAGGAGUAUAAACGAUCCUUUGAGAUUAUAAAUCUUAAUUGAAAGUAUUGAAAUUCAGAUCGAGAGGUUGUUUAUCAUUUCUCGUGCUAAAUGUCUCUGAUAUGAAUAAGUACAAUUACGUGUGAAUGACUAUUGAAUGUCUUUUUAUUUGUUUUUCUUUCGUAAAGAAUGCAUGACUGUGAGAGAGAUCAGAUUAUGUUGACUCAAUUUUUUUCGAGUGUUUGCUCAUAAAUUUUUUUUGUACAAAACAAGAGAAAAAGAAAUUAUAAAUAGUUUGUUUUGUUGCGACGACCAGAGUGUACAUAAAUUAUUAAAAAAAUCCCCUUAGAUCUCAUAAAUUUAAUAACCUGGCAAAGGAUUGGCCGAAAUUAAUCGGGGCCUUUUGCUCGGGAUAAAGUAAUAAUGGAGGAAUAAUGGAAGAAUCGUGCAAUUAUGUUUACUCAUUUUUUAAUGAAUAGUAUUUAUAUAUACACACGUGCCGCCCAAAAUUUAUGAUGUAGGAUAAAAUUAUUAGAGACGAAAUAACAGACGAAUCAGUAUCUAUGUAAUGAUUUGUAAAAAUUCAAAGAAUUGUAUUGAACUUAGCGAGAAUGGUAAGUUUAGAAAAAUUGUCAGAUCUCAAUUAGUUUUGAUUUUUUCAACGUUAGCAGCUGAAAAUUAAUAUCUUGAAUCCA